AUGGCUUUUCUCAAAGCCAGAAACCCUCUGGCCUUUACGCCGUGGCCAGUCACCAUAAUAACGACCGUGGUGUACCUGGCGCUGAUCAUUCCCGUCCUCGUUAUCCAUCUCAACGUCCCGGCCGCUCCGCGAACCAGCCCCCAUGGCUUGAACCUCACAGAAGCAUGGCAGGACCUUCAGACUCUGACCAGGGGUUUCCAUCCGUACAACUCUCGCCGGAAUGACCAGGUGCGCGACUGGCUGCUAGAGCGCAUUGACGCGAUCAAAAUCGCGUCAGCAGAAUACGUGACCUCCGAGAAACAGCCGGAGGUCUUCGUCUUCGACGACAUGACCUCGAACCUGACUUCCAACGAUGCCCGAACUGGUGUCUAUUUCGAGGGAACCAACAUCUUGGUCUACAUUCGUGGAUGGGAAGAUAAGAAAGAUAACUGGUGGGAGGUGCCUGGCAAGGUGCCCGCUGGUAAAGGCGGAGUGCUGGUCAACGCGCACUACGACAGUGUGUCGACCGGAUACGGCGCCACAGAUGAUGGGGUCGGUGUUGUGACAUGCCUGCAGUUGCUCAAAUACUUCACUGUGCCGGAGAACGCCCCACGCCGCGGCUUGGUGGUGCUCUUCAACAAUGGCGAAGAGGACUAUCUAAAUGGUGCUCGGGCGUACAGCCAGCACCCACUGGCGAAAUUUGCCCAUACGUUCCUAAAUCUUGAAGGCGCUGGCGCUGGUGGCCGUGCGACUUUGUUCCGAAGUUCGGAUACCGAGGUCACCCAGGCCUAUGCGAAAUCACCGCAUCCGUUCGGAUCUGUGUUGAGCGCCAAUGGCUUUGAUAAAAUCGGUAGCCAGACGGAUUAUGUUGUUUUUGAGGGAAUGAUGGGGCUGCGUGGACUGGAUAUUGCCUUUUAUGAGCCAAGGGCUCGGUAUCAUACUGAUCAGGACGAUGCCCGGCAUACGAGCAUUGAUUCGAUCUGGCAUAUGCUAUCGGCUGCUGUUGCGACGACCGAAGGACUUGUUUCUGAUUCCACAGAUCGGUUUGAUGGUCACCUCCACGAUGACGAUUCUGUUCCAAGCGGAACCGGCUCCCCGGCUGUUUGGUUCGAUCUCUUCGGUAGUGCAUUUGCUGUGUUCCAGGUACACACUCUCUUUGCGCUGUCGGUGACUAUGUUGAUAAUAGCGCCGUUGACGUUGCUCAUCACGAGCGUGGCCCUUUCCAAGGCUGACAAGAUGUAUCUGUUCCGAUCUGCGGCGAAAGUUGAUGGGAGUGAGGAGAGGGUUGCGCUUCGUGGUCUUCGAGGAUUCUUCCGGUUUCCGUUCCUGCUCGGCGUUCCCACAGCAGUGACUAUUGGCUUAGCUUACCUGUUGACCAAGGUGAACCCCUACAUCGUGCAUAGCAGCGCCUAUGCAGUGUGGAGCAUGAUGAUUUCUGCCUGGAUCUUCUUGGCUUGGUUUGUGUCUCGCGUGGCCGACUUCGCACGACCAUCAGCAUUCCACCGGGUGUAUACCUGGACCUGGCUGUUUGUUCUUGCAUGGGCUCUGAUGGUGGUUGCUACUGUCUAUGAGAGAGAGGAAGGGCUUGGCGGCGGCUAUUUUGUGUUCUUCUACUUCGUUGGCACCUUCCUGGCGACCUGGAUCUCCUAUCUUGAGCUCUUCUCUCUGCCAACUAAAGCAGAUUACACUGCUCAAUUUGCACUGGGCUCUCGUCCCAGCACGUAUGGUAGCCGACUCGGCACUGCGGCUGGGGAUGAACACCAUGAUGACGAUGAGGAGCCAACUGAACAAACAUCACUGCUGCAUAGCCGCCAGCGUACUACGUUUGCAAAUUAUGUCAAUGUCUCGGGAGAUCAUGCAUCUGAUCCCGAAGAGGAAGCGGAAGAACAAGAUCCAAACGUCUACGGAAAUGAACAAACAUGGAGUGCAUCAAUGCCAUCGUGGACCUGGGUCCUUCAGCUUCUGCUAACUGCCCCCAUCAUCCUUACCCUGGUUGCCCCAAUCGCUCUGCUGCUCUCCAGCGCCUUCUACCAAACUGGUCAAGAUGGUAACCCAGCAUUGUUUGUGUACAUUGCAAUUGCCAGCCUGACCACGAUGAUCUUUGCCCCCAUGUUGCCAUAUAUCCACCGCUAUACAUACCACAUCCCAUUCUUCCUGUUCUUCGUCCUGAUCGGCACAGUCAUCUACAACUGCAUUGCUUUCCCCUUCUCCAACUCCAACCGCGUGAAGUUGUACUUCUCUCAGCAAGUUGAUCUAGACCGAGGAAAUACUACCGCCUCUCUUACCGGCGUAUACCCUUUCGUGGCGGACGUGGUCCGGGGCCUUCCAAGUUCGGGUGGCCAGACUGAGUGCUACCCUUGGCUCAAGCGCACACAAUGUGCCUGGGCCGGCCCGGAACCCCACGUUGUUCCCGAGCCAUCCUCUCCCUCCCCGGAUUGGGUUGCAUACAGCAUCUCCUACCCCGAGAACAGCGCCUCACGUGGUUGGCUCCUCCCCCCCGAUCCUCGUUUCUUGCACCCUGCCUCAGAUGGCAUGCAGGAGAUUCGCUUGUGGAGCCGAACCUGGGAUGGAAAUUGGACCGUGGAUGUCAAUUUCUCCAAGCAUCCCGAAGAGAUCGAGGAAUCGUCUAUCAAGGGGCGUGUGUCUUGUCUCUGGAGCGACAACAACACACCCGGACUGAUUCCUGCUCUGGACGAGGCUAGACAAUAUGCACCGGCCUGGGUGGCCCUAAGCAAGAUGUCUGAUGGACUAGUCGAGGGAUAUCGGGAGUUUGAGCUUGUCCGUGGAGAGUCCGGAUGGAAGCAGGCUGCCAACUAA